AUGCUGCCCAUGAAAAACAGGCGAUCUCCCUUGGAAGGAUUUGAAGACAUUUCAUCAAUGAUGCGAUCCAUUGAUGAAAUCCAGAAGCCAAGGUAG